UUUUAUUUGUAAUUCCUCCUGCAGUGAAUGAACUAAACAAUAUCUGUUGGUUGGAUUCAACUUCAUUUACAAGUAUCUCUAAUUCUGUGUUUGUGAAGUUCCUCUUCUUUGCUCUCUUUGCCAUUAUUGCAGUGAGGAAAAAACACAAUCACGUAAUUUUUAAAGGGAAGUGUUGUCACCAUAUAUGGUUAAUUGGAGGCGUUUCCGAAUGCUAAUGACCAUGAAUGUGAACGAGCAUGGUACUUACGCACAUGUGGUAUUUAUCAACAAUGAUUGCUUACUCAUGUGCGUAAGAACUGCGUGCGCACGUUUGAUAAAUGCGGAUUUUCUUGUACUUAGGCACAUUCUAAAUUUCAUUCGUUGGACAAAAUAUAGAACCUUUUCUACGCACUGUUGAUAAAUGAGGGCCCAGGAACUCUGACAAAAACAGAUGCCAUGCAGCAAAACAAUAAAACCAAUCUGGAGAGGAGAUCUCCAAAGAGAGCAAAGAACACCACCCCCCUUUCUCCCUCUGCAUUCUCUGUCUCUCUCACACUUUUCCUCAAAAGAUUCCACUAAAAAGUCACUAAGAAUGUCCAUAUACUACAUGUGUUAUAUCUUGUGAAUAUAUUGUUUUUCCCUUCAUGUUUGGUAUUGUUCUAAAGGUCUCUGUGCGAUAAAAUGGUUUCAAUUUCACAUCAGUCACUUAUAUUAUGAGGAUGAUUGAAAACUUUUGUAGAAUUGUGUUUUGCUGCCGAGGGGUGUGUUUUCCCUUUGGGUUUGGUUGAGAAUCUCCAGCCAGGUGUGACCCUGAGAUCCCCUGACAAACCAAAAGGUCUUUAUGUUUUUACAACUGAUUGGAAGAUUUGUUUGUUCUGGUCUGGGUAUAUAAGCAAAGUGACAAAACAUUACUUGGGGGUUUUUCUGUAAACCCAGAAACCCCCACAUAGCGUAUGUGAAUCUCUGGAGCUCUGCCCUAGAACUCACAUGCUGCUGUGUGUCUCCCUUUAGUCAGGUAUGCAUCUCUUAUUCUUAGAUUAAUCUUUGAGCAAUUGAUGUUAGAUAUUUAUCUGAAUUGGAACUGAAUUUAAUUCUGAAUUGGAUUCUUAUUGUUUAAUUGUGUAACUGGCGUGAUACAUUUUACCUGACAAAUAAAUUGUUACAUUUGAUUCAAUCUGAUCUCUUCUGAAAUCAGUAUUUCUAGUAGAUUGAAGUGUAGUCUGAUAUUUUCCACAAAGUUUGCAUCCAGGAUGGAUCAUACCGAAGUACCAAUGGUCGGAACAUGGGGAACACCAUUAAGGGCUUCCGAUUACUGACUGUCACUGGCUUAACACGUUGUAGUUCUUGUGAUUAUAGAAAAAAUGCACUUUAUGGUAAGAACUGCAGGGUGCAGUCUGCAUAAAAUGUAUUAUAACUACCCCACAUCCUCUGAAUAAGUCCAGAACUGGCGAGCUUGUGAUAUUAUGUCCUUAAUGAACGAAUAAUUAAAAGUAUGAGAUUUCCAGAGUAAUCAAAUAUCUAAAUUAACGCAUAAUCUAUAUUUGUGAUCAGUUUAAAUUAGAGAAAGUGGGGUUUGCAGUUCGCUGUUAAAAGACCAAACAUGCAUUAAACCUUCAACCAGGACGCUGGACUCCGCCUUUGGGUCAGCGAAUGGAUCCUUACAGUUUUUAGAAUGUUAUUAUAACAUUUCCACAAAAUUAGUUUCAGUGUUGGGCAGUAGAGCCUUACUUUGUAACACGUUACUGUAAUUUGAUAUUUUUUUUUUUAGUAACGGAGUAAUUUAACACCUUAUAAUUUCCCAGUUAGUAAUUCGAGUAUAGUUACAAGUAUGCGUAACCGCUGCCUUACAUAAUUGCUGACAGAAUGUGAUUUAUCAUGUAGAUUAUAAAAGGCGUGUUGGCUAGCACACGCUACGUCCUUUACCUGAGAACUACUUUGACUGGAAGCUGGAAAUACAAUUAUUAUUUUUCGUUUAUUUCUGUCAAAGGCAAUAACAUUAUUGUGCGUUGUCAAUUAGAGGGAAAGAAAUCCUUUUCAACCGUGAAAAACUGAAGGGGCAACACGGCACAUUAAAACUUAUUGAGAACGUACCGGGUGCGGAGAGCAACGCAUCAGCUUCUAUUGUCGUACCGCGCCGCUCUCUGUUGCGUCGAGUCCGGCGAGACUGGUCUCUUAUCCACUGGCACUGGACUCGACGCAACAGAGAGUACAAGACUUGCGCGGUACAAGACUUGAUAGGCGAGUGCAGGUGCGGGUGCGGGUGCGGGCGCGGGCGGGCAGAGACUCGUGUCUACCCGAUGCGAUAGAAUGAAAUGAUUUGUGGGACUCCCGCAAAAUAGAACUGUCUAAACAUAAAAUAUCUAAAACAAUUUAUUUGCUAUUCAUGAAUUGCACAAAAGCAACAAGAACAGCUAUAUAAAAUAAAAAGGAUUAACAGGCGUAAGCAUAGGCAGAGAUGUUGAUUAAUAACACAUAUUUUAUCGGGGGCGUUUAUGCCGGGAUGGUAGGCAACACACAAGUUCGCUAUUUCACGUAAAUUCCGUGGAUGUACAGAAAAAAAAGUAACAUAAGUAAUGUAACUAAUUACUUUUGAAAUAAAGUAAUCAUAACAGUAUUUUGAUUACUUUUCAAAGGAGCAAUCAGUAAUCAGUAAUUUGAUUACAUUUUCAGAGUAACUUGCCCAACAUUGGUUAGUUUUAGUUUGUAGAGUGUUAUUCUAACGUUCCCAGAACUUUAGUUUUUGGUUCCCAGAAAGUUAGUCUUUGGUUUUUUAGAAUGUUAUUAUAACAUUCCCAGAACGUUCAUUUUUAGUUUGUUGGACAUUAUUUUAAUGUUCCCAGAACUUUAGUUUUUGGUUCCCAGAAAGUUAGUUUUUGGUUUUUAGAACUUUAUUAUAAUCCCCUAAAAUCUUUACUCCAACAUGAUCAUUUCGCCAUACAUCAGUAUUCAUCCAGCACAAUCACGACCCAGUAUAGUAUAAGAUGCCUAAUCAGUAUUAUAAAACCCAUCUCUUGUUUUCCUCUGCUAAAUAUUAUUAAUUCAUCACUGUCAUUAGGAUAUGUCCCCAAAACCUUCAAACUGGCUGCUAUUAAGCCUCUAAUUAAAAAACCACAACUUGACCCCAACGAAUUAACUAAUUACAGACCUAUCUCGAAUCUCCCAUUUCUGUCAAAGAUAUUAGAAAAGGUUGUAUCCUCACAGUUAUCUUCCUUCCUACAGAAAUAUGAUAUCUGUGAGGAUUUUCAGUCAGGUUUUAGACCGUACCAUAGUACUGAGACUGCUCUUAUUAGAGUUACAAAUGAUCUACUCUUGUCAUCCGAUCGUGGUUGUAUCUCUCUGUUAGUGCUACUGGAUCUUAGUGCUGCGUUUGAUACUGUUGACCACAACAUUCUCUUGAAUAGACUUGAGAAUUAUGUUGGCAUUAGUGGUAGUGCAUUGGCAUGGUUCAAAUCGUAUCUAUCUGACCGCCAUCAAUUCGUGGCAGUAAAUGAUGAGGUAUCAUAUCAAUCUCAAGUGCAGUAUGGAGUACCACAAGGCUCAGUACUAGGGCCGUUACUCUUUACGCUUUACAUGUUACCCUUGGGUGAUAUCAUCAGGAAAUAUGGUGUUAGCUUUCACUGCUAUGCUGAUGAUACCCAGCUCUAUAUUUCUUCGCGGCCUGGCGAAACGUACCAAUUUGAAAAACUAAUGGAUUGUGUAGUUGAGUUAAAAAAUUGGAUGACAAGUAAUUUCUUACUGCUAAAUUCUGAAAAAACAGAGGUGUUAGUUAUUGGGCCUAAAACCUCAGCGUGUAAUAACCUAAAACACUGUCUAAUACUUGAUGGCUGUUCUGUCAAUUCUUCGUCAUCAGUUAGGAACCUAGGUGUGCUAUUUGAUGGUAAUCUUUCCUUUGAAAACCACAUCUCUAGUAUUUGCAAAACUGCAUUUUUCCAUCUCAAAAAUAUAUCUAAACUACGACCUAUGCUAUCAAUGUCAAAUGCUGAAACAUUAAUUCAUGCAUUUAUGACCUCACGGUUAGAUUAUUGUAAUGCUUUAUUGGGUGGUUGUUCUGCUCGCUUAAUAAACAAACUCCAGCUGGUCCAAAAUGCAGCAGCUAGAGUUCUUACUAGAACCAAAAAGUAUGAUCAUAUUAGCCCGGUUCUGUCUACACUGCACUGGCUCCCUAUUAAACAUCGUAUAGAUUUUAAAAUCUUGCUAAUUUCUUAUAAAGCCCUGAAUGGUUUAGCUCCCCAGUACCUGAGUGAGCUCUUAUCGCAUUAUAGUCCCUCACGUCCGCUGCGUUCUCAAAACUCUGGCAAUUUGAUAAUACCGAGAAUAUCAAAAUCAACCGCGGGCGGCAGAUCUUUUUCUUAUUUAGCACCCAAACUCUGGAACAAUCUACCCUACAAUGUUCGGGACGCAGACACACUCUGUCAGUUUAAAUCUAGAUUAAAGACCCAUCUCUUUAACCUUGCUUACACAUAACAAAUCCACAUUCUUAUAAUUCAAAUCCGUUAAAGGAUUGUUAGGCUGCACUAAUUAGGUUAACCGGAACCGGGAACACUUCCCAUAACACCCGAUGUACUCUGUGCAUCGUCAGAAGAAUGGCAUCUACGCUAAUAUUAGUCUGUUUCUCUCUUAUUCCGAGGUCACAUUAACCACCAGAUCCAGUCUGUAUCCAGAUCAGAUGGUCACUGCAGUCCCCCGGAUCCAGUCCGAACCCAGCCCAGACGGUGGAUCAGCACCUAGAGACGACCUCUACAGCCCUGAAUGUCAGCGGAGUCCACAUCAACUAGAUGAGCCCCAGAGACGGAUCCACAUUAAAGACCACAUCACCUAGACGGCUGUCGGCACAAGACCACGGGAACUUUGGCCAGAGGAGAACUGGCCCCCCCCGACUGAGCCUGGUUUCUCCCAAGGUUUUUUUCUCCAUUUGUCACCGAUGGAGUUUUGGUUCCUUGCCGCUGUCGCCUCUGGCUUGCUUAGUUGGGGACACUUUCUCUUAACACAAUAUUGCAUUUUAUUUUAUUGUUUUUGAUUAACUACCUUUACCUAUAAUGUGAGUGUUUAAUGUUGCCUUUGGCAUUGUUGAUGUACUGUUUCCUAUUUAAUACUGUACAGCCGCCUUGUCACAAUUCUGUAUUGUUAAAGGCGGUAUAUAAAUAAAGGUGACUUGACUUGACUUGACUUUUCUAUUGUAUAAUUAAAAUUAAAAAAAUAAUCGGAGCACAUCAGCCAUCACACGUAAGAUCAAAUACGAUUACAUCUUGUAGCAGUGUAAAUGUGUUAUAAUUCAUCAAACUUUAUUUUGUUACUUUAAGAAAACGUUUGGUUCUUAACCAAGUGCAGAAAGAAAGGCAGUAAGGGGUGGACCAUCAUUUCAUUAUAGGGGAGCAGUUGGGAGUAUAUAUACAACAUACACAGAAUGGAAAUUGCAACUGUUUUACACAGCAAUUAGUCUUGGUGUUAAUCAAAUAUUCUAAUCACUGCAUGUUCUUAUUAAGAAAAGUGUUUCAUGUUCUUUCGUGUUAAUGAUGUGGAAUACCCCCCUUACCUUGAUCAAUGGUAUAUCCCCCUGGUGCUGCACUCUUCAGUCUGCGUGAAACAUUCUGAAGAGAGGUAUGUGUCUCUGUUAAUGAAAAACGCAAACAAUUUCCUAAAGCAUAUUAAAUAGAAGUUACAAUGGAAUCAGAACGAGAUACAUUGGUAAUACUAUUGUUAACCCUGUUGUGUGUAAAAGUAAAAGUUGUACGUGUUUAACACUUUGCAUAAACUGUAUCGCUUUAACCAUGCGAUCGUUUGUAUUUCUAUGAACGGUACAAAGUAUUAAAUUAUGUCCUAUGUUCAUUUUCAUAAGAAUGAAGAGGCUUGUUAAUGUGAAUUUGAGUUCUAUUUCAUCUCGUUGUGAUAGUGGUUAAUCCAUCUGUGCAGAGUAAAAUGCGCGCCAGUAAUCCGCGGUGCAUUUUGGGUAAUGUAGUUCAUGACUAUAUGGUUACAGAGAAGAAAUUGAAACUGUGAAUUGUGGCUCUAGUAUUGUAAGUUGCCUGCAUAUUUGAAUAUGGGACAAUGUACUAACUAAAUUAUGUAUUUACAGAUUGUGAAACAAGAAUAAAGACAUUUGUUGUAAAGCUGUCCCAUUUUAUGCUUGCAGGUAUGAGUUAUUGUUCAUUUUGUUUUAUUAUUGUUCUGUUAAUCCUCAGUAUGUGUAAAUCUUAUUAAUUCUAUAUAAAAAUAUGCCUUUGGGGUAUGCAUUUUAUUAAGUGGAACAAUUUAAGAUACUGUAAAGAAAACAAAGCGUGUAAUAUGAGUCUGCGUGAAACAAGAACAAAGACAUUUGUUGUAAAGCUGUCCCAUUUUAUGCUUGCAGUAAACUCCCAAGAAAAGGCACUACUGGUGUUUGUCCUUAUUUGAUGUUGUUCCUGGAUGCGUCAGCUGUCCACUACAAUCUGUCCAGUGUGGGGUGUGUUUGGUGAUGAUGAAGUGAAGUCAGUGUCAGUGUUGGAGGGAGAUUCAGUCACUCUGAACACUAGUCUGACUGAAUUAACAGAUGAUGAUCUUAUUCAGUGGAGGUUUGGGAAUGAAAUCACUUUAAUAGCUGAAAUCACUAAACGGGCCAACAGAAUCGCUGUCUAUGAUGAUGUUCUUGAUGGGAGAUUCAGAGACAGACUGAAGCUGGACAAUCAAACUGGAUCUCUGACCAUCACAAACACCACAACUGAAGAUACCGGACGUUAUUUACUACUGAUAAACCACAUGAGCAUAAUUUUCACUCUCAAUGUCUUUGAAAUUAGGAUAGUGUUAGUGAAGGACGGAGAUUCAGUCACUCUAAACUCUGGUAUUACUGAAAUAAUGGAUGAUGAUCUGAUUCAGUGGACAUUUUGGAUUGAAGACACUUUAAUAGCUAAAAUCAAAAAACAGGCCAACAGUGUCACUGUAUAUGAUGAUGUUCUUGAUGGGAGAUUCAGAGACAGACUGAAGCUGGACAAACAAACUGGAUCUCUGACCAUCACAAACACCACAACCGAACAUGCUGGAGACUAUGUGUUACUGAUCAACAAUAUCAAGAUUUAUUUUUUUCUCAUUGUCUAUUAUCAAAUUUUAGUAAUAGAGGGAGAUUCAGUCACUCUAAACUCAGGUCUUACUGAAAUGGUGGAGGAUGAUCUGAUUAUGUGGAAGCUUUGGAUUGAGAACUCUUUAAUAGCUGAGCUUAAUGUAACAGCCAAGGGCAUCGAUGUAUAUGAUGAUCACAUUUAUGAGAGAUUCAGAGGCAGACUGAAGGUGGACGUUCAAACUGGAUCUCUGACAAUCACAGACACCAGAUUUCAACAUGCUGGACGUUAUGAACUACUGAUUAACCAUAUCAGGAUACAUUUUUUUCUCACUGUCAUACGUGGAGUAUCGGUGAUGGAGGGAGAUUCAGUCACUCUAAAUUCAGGUCUUACUGAAAUAAUGGAUGGUGAUCUGAUUCAUUGGAAGUUUUGGAUGGAAGCCACUUUAUUAGCUGAAAUCAAUAAACAGGCCAACAGAUUCACUGUAUAUGAUGAUGUUCUUGAUGGAAGAUUCAGAGACAGACUGAAGCUGGACAAACAAACUGGAUCUCUGACCAUCACAAACACCACAACUGAACAUGCUGGACUUAAUUAUAUAGAGAUCAAUAUUUACAGCAGGUCUUUUUUUUAUCUCACUGUCUAUGCUCGUCUGCCUGUUCCUGUCAUCAGCAGAGACUGUUUGUCUUCAUCAUCAUCAUCAUCAUCAUCAUCAUUGUCAUCAUCAUCAUAUUGUUCAUUGUUGUGUUCAGUGAAAAAUGUGAAUGAUGUGACUCUCUCCUGGUACAAAGGAAACAGUUUAUUGUCCAGCAUCAGUGUGUCUGAUCUCAGCAUCAGUCUCUCUCUACCUCUGGAGGUGGAAUAUCAGGAUAAAAACACCUACAGCUGUGUGAUCAACAAUCCCAUCAGCAACCAGACUCAACAUCUGGACAUCAGUCAACUCUGUCACACAUGUUCAGACUCUGUCCACUGCUGUGGUUCUACUGAAGCUGUGAUCCGAUUGGUCCUCUCUGCUCUGGUGGGUGUGGCUACUGUCAUUCUUCUGGUUUAUGACAUCAGAUUCCGAAAAGCUGAACAAGAUCAAGCACAUGUUCACACAUCAGAAGUCUAAAUGAUGUAAUUUCUCAUAAAGUUUUGCAUAUUUAAAUAUUUGUGAGAUUUAUUAAUUUAUAGCUUUAUAUGUUCAUCUUUUUGGAAGUACUGAAAUGUAAAAAGUGACAAGCUGUUUUCAAUGUCUUGUUUUCAGUUUUUAAAAUUGAGUUUGAAAGGCUUUAUUGUUUAUAUUUUUCUCAGAUAAGACACACAGAUCUCACUUUACUACUGCUAUCUGUCAUGUGUGUCUGCUUACCUUUAUCAAUAAAG